AUGGACGCCAAAAAGGUACGAUGUUACCGAUCGAGGCUUCAAGUCAAUAGUUUCAUCGUAGCGUGUAAGAAUAAUGGUCUCGACCAAAAUUUCGGAAAUUCCCUUGCCGAAUUAGGGGUCCAACUCGCCGGCGGUAUCCUGAUAAACAGUCGAUAUGUCGCUCAUCUGUGCUCAUGCCUCUCGAUUAUUUUCCCUUACCACUCCGCACCUCGGUUGGCUACUACACUCGUUAUGCGAUCCUCCUUUGCUUUACUAUUGACGGCCCUGGGCAGCUUUGAUGUUGCCCUUGCCGGCCCAUGUAAGCCUCAUGAAACGACUGUCGACACCUCGGCUACUGUAACAACAGCCGCCCCGACGACUUCAGAGACAAAAGGACCCCUCGUUAUCAGGAACGUUAUUGGCAACGGAAACUUUGCCGUCAGAGACCCUACCAACCCGAGCAAGAUACCCAACUACACUGUCGAAGGCGAUGCACAGAUUGUUGAGGAUAAGGGCUAUACUGCCGACAACAGCAAAGAGAGGGGCUGUGUCGAGCUACAAGCGUCCAACCAACCUCCCUCCCGCAAGCGAGCUAUUGGCAACAUUGUCAGUAUCUCGCAGCAGCUUGACUCUCUUGAUACGAAGAAGAAGUACACUGUUCGAUUCUUCUAUGCUGUGAUUACAGCUAGUAGCAUCAACGUCUGCACGCUCACCGCUUCCAUCGCUGGCCAUGUAUUCUACACGUCGACGAUUCUUAGCCUUGGAGCUGCUAUGGACUGGAACACUGUUCUUGAACAGACCGAUGUUCCAAACAGUGAAGGUGCUUUCUCAGUGGCCGUGGACUGCCCGGUUGGUGGUGUUGCAGCCAUUUACGUUGACUCCAUCUUUAUGUCUAACCAGGUUACACCCGAGACUAUUAACGACGUGGCCAUUGACUUUGGCAAUGAGGGUAGCGCUGUUACUACCAGCAGUGCAGUGGCCGUAUCUACCACUUCCAAGGAGUCAAGCAGCAGCGCCAACACUGAUGGGCUGUCAACAGAGACCGAGCCUCUCACCGAGUCUCAAAUCACUUCGGAUAGUGCGCACCCAACAUCUGGAUUCUUUACAGAGUCUGAUGUUAACACUAUCAGUCCGUCGACCAAGUCUGAAACUGUAACACAAAGUGUUGCAGAGAGUGAGACCGAGGGACACACAGCUGGUGUAUCGACUGCCUCUCAACCUGCCACCCAGGGCCCUUCGACGGCCUCCGAGCCUGUUACUGAAGGCCCAUCGACUCUCCAUGAACCAUCAACUGCUUCUGAGCCCGCUACUCAGGACCCAUCAACCGAGUCAGACAGUCAUCCUCCCACUUUUACUUUGAACCCGACAACUACCGCCGAGCACGCUACAACCGCAAGUGACCUCUCCACUGCCAGCUCUCUGCCAACUGGCUCACGUGUCUGUCCCGUCGGCGCCGCACCUCCGGGCUACUGCACUCCCGUCGAACCAAGAGUAACACAGACGGUCUCCCUGCCCGGAAUCCAACAAGAAUCUGAGAACGAGCGACCCACAGCGCCAAGGGCCUGCUGGGCCUUUGGCAGAGCAAAGUCCGGUACAUGGGGCCGCACAUUGUCAAGCAACCCUCGACAAAACUCCAUCGAAGACUGUGCUCUUCUGUGUAAGCAAGAAGGUUCUGCCUGCAAGGCCUUUGCCUGGGAUGGUGCUCGCCAAGAGGCUUCCUGCCGACUUCUUUCCGAUAGCCUUGGUGUAACUGGCAUUGAUAUCAACAGCCAGAAUUCUCUGAUGUGGAAUGAUCUCGAUUGCUUCGAGUGUCAGGGUUGUGAUGUCAAGAACCCAGCCGAUGUUGAGACGACUACCGCUGCGCCGUCGACAACCUCACUUCCGGAUAUCACCACCUCUGCUGCCCCCGUUGCCUCGAUGCUCUGCCCCCACUGUCAUCUCCAGAGCUCUCCAUCUUCAGCUCUCGUAUGUGAGAAGAUGGGCAACCUUGGUUCCGUUGAUCUCCAGCCUUAUGCGAACAACGUCUUUGACAAGGCCACUAUGCAGACAACUUCAGAACAGUGCGCGACCAUCUGUUUCAUACUGAAGGAUUGCAAGGCCUCGGCAUACGAUUCUGCGCGAGGGAGGUGUAUUUUCACCAACACCGCUAUUUCAAGCAGCGCUUUCCAAGAGGCUCAAGACCAAGAUUCUUCAGCUUACAUUCUUCCAUGGAGCUCCAAGGGCUGCUGGUCGUGUUCCAAUGACUGUUCAGUCAAGGAAGCGACUACGAGCCAAGCUCCCAGCUCUACUGAACACACUGUCGAGCCCGCGACGAUAACUCCAACUCGAACUCAGCCUCCUACAACAUUCAUCUCCUCUUACGCCCCCACCACUACUGAAUCUUCCAUGCCUCAAUGCACUCUCGCCUUGUCCGAUGGAUGCACCUUUGAUCAGAACAACUACGAUUACAAUCAGUGCAGCAAAUCCGGAACAUUGAGAAACACCUUUACCCUCAGAGAUGACGAAUAUCCCUGGCAGAUGAACAUUAACAGUUAUCAGAACUGCGUAGCCAUGUGUAACCAGAUGCCCAGCCGCUGCAAGGCUUCAGCCUGGGAUCAAAACUCACAACAAUGUGUCUUUUCCACCAGCUCCAUCUUUACCUCUGCUUUCACCCAGGGUAACGAUGACGGGUCUCUCAACUGGAGUGAGCAGAGUUGCUUUUUGUGUUUCUGCCACGACCAAGAUCGUGAUGAAUACUCUGCGUCGCUACGAACUGCGCUACCCACUGCGACUUGCGCUCCCAGUAUCACAAGUGAGGAUGCUGUUUGCCAGCUCAGGCCCGUUGAUAACGGCGCUGUGGUGUGCCAACAUACUGGUUACUUCCCUUGGUCUUGGGAUGAUGCACCUUCGAAGUUUCCCAACCAGGAUUCUGAGGAGCGAUGCGCAGCUCUUUGUAAUUCAAACCCUGAUUGUAUGUCGUCGGGCUGGUCUGAAGAGUAUGGUAAAUGUGCUUUGUCGGGUUUCCAACUCACGGGUAUUGCGUGGCAGCAGUUUGGUAACACGAUGUUGAGUUGGAGUGACAAGGGUUGUUGGGAUUGCUCUGACUGUAUUAAGAGUCAGAAGUGGCGUAUCAUUAAUUAA